UACUCUCAGACGGAGAGGGAAAAAAACAGAUAAGGAAAACCGGCAGAGGAAUUUGUGAGAGGGACUGAAAGCAGAGGAGGCCGGUUUAGAGAGGAGGAGCACCGCAGAGACAGGAAGGUUACACAUGCAGAGGAAUUAAACAAAGCUCAGACAGAGCCAGGAGGGGAAAGGUUGGUUAACUGCAGGUCUUUUUUUUUACCUUAGCUAAUUACCACUUUGCUCUUACUGCAGCACCAGAAAGGCAGGGAGAAAACAGCAAUCAGAGAGAACAGAAAACGGAGACAAGAAGCAGCCAAGGAGAGAGUACUAACAGCAGUUAAGAAGUCGAGUCGAGAUUAAUUGAGGAAGAGAAACCAAAAGCAAAGACGAGCCUCAGAGGAGCGGAAAAAAGUAAGAAAACGGUAGACGUUCAUUGACAAAGAGGUGGACUCAACUCCACGGACUCCUGACAUCAGCAAAACAAAGGGGGGAAGGAGAGCGGCUGUAAAGAGGUCACUGUGGUCCAUGUGCUGCGUGCCUGAGCAAGUCUACUAUGCAAGCGAGACAACACAGAUAAACAAACCAAAGCACAGUGUCUCCGUUCACCUCCAAAAGACAGUGUUCCCUGCAGCAGCACCAUGUUGAUGAAAGAGUAUCGCAUAUGUAUGCCACUGACGGUGGAGGAGUACAAGAUUGGGCAGCUCUACAUGAUCAGUAAGCACAGCUGUGAGCAGAGCGGUGGGGGCGAAGGAGUAGAGGUGGUGAGGAAUGAGCCGGAUAUUCACCCUCAGCAUGGUCCUGGACAGCUGACCGAGAAGAGAAUCUACCUCACCAGUAAACUGCCAUCCUGGAUUAAAGCUUUUGUGCCACGAGUUUUCUAUGUGACAGAAAAGGCGUGGAACUUCUACCCCUACACCAUCACAGAGUACUCAGUGUCGUUCGUCCCGAGGUUCAGCAUCCGCAUUGAGACAAGGUUCGAAAACAACAACGGCAGUAACAACAAUGUGUUUGGGGACAAGCCAACCCCGGAGGGGGACGUUUGCUUCCUGGACAUCCUAACUGACCCCAUCCCGGACAAGCACUACAAAAAAUCGGAGGAUCUGAGUCUCUGGCGGUCAAAUAAAACCAACCGAGGGCCUCUGGAGAAAGGCUGGAGGGACAACCACAGCCCCAUUAUGUGCUCCUAUAAGAGAGUGCAGUGCAGCUUCGAGGUCUACGGCUUCCAGACCAGGACGGAGGAUUUCUUGCACAGAAUUAUUAAAGACAUUCUUCUGGUCGGCCACAGGGAGGCAGUCGCUUGGGUUGACGAGUGGCACGGGCUCAGCUUGGAGGAGGUGAGGGAGUACGAGAAAACAAUGCAAGAGAAGACCAACAGCAAAGUCAAAUCCAACCAGAACAACUCAGGCGCACAGGAUUCCUGCGAUCGUCCUGCAAUCUCCCGCUCCAUCUCCGUGACAGACGAGCGUUCCCUGAAGAAGAUGGGAGUGCCAACAGUGGACAUGUCUGGCAAGUCAGCCUCCUCUGUGCUGCACUGUCCCAUUCGCCUCAACUCCACCCCGGAGUGAUACCUCUCUGCCCGACGGCAACACAGAAGACAAAGUCUAACUUUGUGUCAAUGCCAGCAGCAAUGGUUAUGUGAUGUUAUUUGUCAAAAUGCACAGAAUUUCUGCAGGCAUUGUUAAAAAAAAUAAAUAAAUUAUGUAUAUAUAUAU